AUGUCUGAAAGUGAGUCAGUUUGGGCUGCAUCACAUGUGGCGGAACCCUCAGUCGAGGACGAUGAACCGACAACAGUAGCAGCAGCUGCUGCACCUCAACCGGGCGCGACGCCCACUGUACUGGCGCGUACACCAGGCCCAGAACCAACGUCUGCUCUGAAUGCGCCCAACCUCAUUGAGGCUGCGCUAGAAGACGACAAGGAACCGCAGAAUCUGUUAACGGAGAAGUUUACCGACGCUGAGUGGAAGGCCUUGAAGGAAUUCCGCAGUAAUUUGUCUGAAAUCUUCAAGGAGGCCUUUCCAGAGCAAGAGGAUGCUGGGACCACGCCAUAUAAGUUGUGGGGUGUCACCAUCAACCCGCUGAUACCCAAAGAUGCCCGCGUCAGCGUCGUGCUAAUGAAGUUCCUUCGUGCAAGAAAUCUCAAUCCGCUAGAGGCAAAGGACAUGUUCAUCUCGACUCUGCGGUGGCGCAAGUCUUUCAAUGUCGAUGAGGCUAUGAAGGAAAAGUUUCCUGAAGAUGUAUUUGGGAAGCUUGGGAAAACGUACGGGAAGGACAAGGACGGACAUCCCAUCGCGUAUAACCUAUAUGGCGCCAAUAAGGAUCUGGAUGCCGUCUUCGGCGACACCCAGCGCUUUCUAAGAUGGCGUGUUGCUUUUAUGGAAGAAAGCAUAGCGCUGCUCGACUUCGAGACUGUUGACCAGAUGGUCCAAAUACAUGACUACGAGGGUGUAGGCAUGUCGAGUAGAACACCGGCCUCCAAAAAUGCGGCAUCCGAAGCGUCCAGUAUAUUCCAGGGCCACUAUCCCGAAUUCUUGGCAAAGAAGUUCUUUGUCAACGUGCCCAGCUUUCUCACUUGGAUCUUUUGGAUAUUCAAGCCUCUCCUGUCAGCUGCAACAGUGGCGAAGAUGAGCGUUGUUGGUUCUGGUCCCAAGACUAUCGGAUCCGCUCUUCUACCUGUGAUCCCUGCCGACCAGUUGCCAAAGAGGUAUGGAGGGGACGCUGACGGAUUCUAA